CUGGGGUGAAAGGUCACAGCUUCUCGCUCGCUAGCGCUUCCACGUGUUUUGUAAACGUGUGAGAGUUUUUCUGGAGCAACAUUUCUCAAGGGUUCUAGGGAGUGGGGCUUGAAAUCAACAACCUUCCUGCCAGCAAGUACUGCUUGAAACUGGCUCCAGCCAUCGAGAAUGGCUGCCAUUUACUCCGGUAUCCACGUGAAACUCAAGAGCUCGCGAACUCCCUGGGCUGACAAACUGAAGCUGGCCCGCUUCGCCUGGAUCUCACCGCAGUGUGUUCUUCCCAACAAGGAACAGGUGCUGUUUGACUGGACAAGCCACGCUCUGACCUGUUACUACGGUAAGAAGGCCGAGUUGCCCCUGUCAGUCGUGGAAGGCUUGUGGGCCUACCUGGAUGACAUCCUGCACAGCAAGAAGCUGCAGAAGGCGCUGAGCCAGGGAAAGGCUCUCAGUCUGCGGCUCGCGCUCGCACAGGUGAUCAGCGAGAGGGUCCUGGAGUGCGUGUCCGGCUCAUGCCCUGUUAGCCAGUCCACCGUGCUCAGCAUCUGUCAGGGCAUACUGUCUUCUCCUGCGCUCGCCACCACCUACACCACCAAAUACGAGCUCCUGGUGGAGCUGGUGUCCCGACUCUGUGCCUUGGCGUGUUCCAAGCUCGGCCCGCAGUCAGCCUGGGAGCCCUUAACCGCACAGGUCUUUGAGGUGCUCCUCCAGGCUGUCGGCAGCUAUCUGGCGGUCCAGCGGCAGCAGGCUAACCCCAACCGUGUGUUCUCCCAGGUUGCAGCUCACCUCCUUCAGCCUCUUCUCUUAUUGCGCCACCUGUUGGCCACCCGGGCGUGGUUGCCGGAGGACGACGGACACGUCAGGCACCAUCUGAGUAGGGAGGUUCGCAACAAGGUAGACGCAGUGUUGCAGUCUGCCCUUUUCACAGCUGACCAUCUGCCCUCCUAUAAGGAGGAGCUCCUGCCGGAAAAGGAAGUUUCCAGCACCAAAAAGGGUCCAACAGCUAAGGGUUUACUCUCUCCUGCUAGUACCAUACUAAAGAAACUCUGUGAGUCUGGGUUCUGUGAUCCCUCACUGCAGUUUGCAGUGCGGUCGAAUUCCCUCCCGUUGCUCUUCAAAUUCGCCCUGGAUGCCUUCUCCAAAGGCGGCGAUGAUAACACGGUCUGCUUUCUGCUGCUGACGAGGUUCAUCGCCGCCUUGGACAUCACCGAAGCGCUGACUCUCAAGGAUACAUUUGACUCAGGCAACUGGAGCCUGGCGCUGCUCACUUUGGAGAACCUCCUGAACUUGAGCCUCACUGCGGACAUUUACAAUGUGGCAGCAGACAGAAUCCAUCAUGGGGAGGCACAGUUUAAUUUCUACAGGAAAGUGGCUCAGCUGUUGCUGAGCAAUGCACAAACUGCCAUUCCAGCAUGGUAUCGGUGCCUCAAGACCCUUCUUGCAAUGAACCACAUGAUCAUCGAGCCGGACCUGGACGAUUUGGUGUGCUGCAGCUGGAUUGAUUCCGACUGCGAGGACCUGCGCGUGAACAAAGCCAGGGAAGUGCUCAUCUCCUCGGUCUUUCAGACGUAUGAAAAAUUGCGUCAGCUCCCCAGGUUACUGCAGGAGGCCGUGGAGGUCAUCUGCCGGCCUGCAAUAGAUAAAUUUCGACCGCCAGUCCUAACGGCCGCCCUUCAGAAGAGUCUCGGCCAGUGCAUCCUGAACAGCCCCCACAGUCAAAGCCUGGAAAUGUGCACUCUCAUUUUGGGGAGGAUGCAGAGAUUUCUGCUCCCACAUCUACAGGAAGAUGAGGACAUGGCCCUGAAGCUUUUCUCGCUGACCGUACUCCUUCACUCGAUACUCUUCAGCGUGAAGAGUCUGGACGACGGCACGCCUGUACCCAUACUUAAACGUGCUCAGAACAUCAUGGAGGAGAUGCUGAAGGUCAUCAGAUCCUUACUGGGACACCUGGACGCUCACACUCCUGGUUCUCUGUGGUUCGAUAAGGCCCUCGAGGCAACCCUGCUGCUUAGCUACACGUGGGUGGAGGUGGACACCCUCUUCAAGAUCCACUGCAGCAAGUACGUGUCCCUGGGCACAGAGGACAGCGGUAGCCCCCGCCUUACAGAGCGGCGCAUCUGUCUCCUCCCUUGUGUAGCUGUGAAGGAAUGGGAAAAAGUUGCCCUCAAGUCCAAGGAGUGCAGCUCUGCCAACCAGCUCCUGCGGGAACUGCUGGCUCUGCAGAGGAUGAAGCAGAUCCUCCUCAGGACAGACGUCCUCUUAGAUGAGAACGUCCAGGAAGUUCUUGGCAAAGUGGCUCGGUUCAUUGUUCGGACCGGGGCGAGCAGUCUGACGCAGCCCUUCGGUGCACUGUGGGACGGUCAGAUUGGCACUGUGGAUGACAGUAACUAUCCAGUGGCACACUGGUUUCACGUGACCUCAAAUCUGCCACUAGUGGCUCCCUACCUUUCUCAGGAGGACCUUUCUUGCCUAGCAGGGUUUCUUUUGAACUCUCUGCUUCAGGGAGAAAUCCGAGAUGCUUCUAACCAGGAGAACUGUCUCUCUGUUACCCUCAUUUCAAAGCAUCUUCUUGACAGUUCGCUUCUCGUGGAGUUAGCUCCGCUGUAUUCCCUUGUGGUCAAGAGUUUCUUGCAAAGGAUUGUGGGAAUCCUCCGCUCAUCAGCAGGCCAUAGGUGUUGUAAGGCACUUGCGACAUUCGAGGAAGCCGUUUCUGCUGAAGCUGAGGAAGAGAUGGAAGCAUCGGUCGAAGAGUCCAGUGAAGCUUCUCCAUCUUUGAGGAGACUGUUGUCCGUAUCCCGGGAGACGUUGAGUUUGGUGAGGACUGGUGCUGCUAUAAGUUUGUCACGGACUCAAACUGAACAUCUUCUUCAUUUAUUGAAAGUCAGUAGAACCUUGAAGCCAGAUGGCAUGUCCUCCGAGGAUCACUCUGCCUAUGUUUUACUCUUGUUUUUCAUAGCCUCCACUUUCCAGCGUGACUCUAGUACUGAACCUGCCGAAGCUGUUAGACUGUUGAAGGAAGUCUAUAGUCUUAUGACAUUUUUGCAGACGGGGAAAAAUGUGGGUUCUGUCCUGAAGGUGUUGCAUGGAAACGAGCUGUUAGAAGCUGCCAUCACCUCCCUGUUUUCCCAUUGCAGUAUGAGUGUCUUAGAAACAGUGGACAGCACUGCUUGGCUGGCCUUUCUCCAGGUAGUCCAGGACUUCCUUAGGUGCCUUAUUCAGACGAUCAUAAACAGAAAAAAGAGUGUCAGGCUCAAUUUGGAGAAAUUCACCACCUUCAUGGUGGAAAACGAGCAGGUGGCCGCCGCCUUGUCCGCCUCUUGUAGCAAGCUGGGGGUUGAGAAGCUGAAGCCUCUCCAGUUGGCACUGGCUGCAUUCUGCACCUUGAGCCGAGUGAUGACCUCCAGCUUGGGUGAAAGUGAGAAAAUGGACGAGACGCUGGCUCCUCUGUUGGAGAAGUGCGUGAUCUCCAUGGGCCCGGCUGUCCAGAGCAGCCUGAAGGGCGAGGCCUGCAGGCUGCUGGGUCAGUCGUUCACUGUGGAGAUUGUAACGGGGAUGCUAGAGGCUGAGCUUGCCUGGACCUCAUGCCUGGCUUCCUCAGGUGAAGGGGCACCAACCAAGAGCAGACUCUGUCACAUGAGCCUCUACAAGACUUUCUCCCAGCAGAUUUUGAGGGAGCUCAGUUCCUCUUCCCGCCCAAUGGACUUCAUCUCCUCCUCCCUGCACUUCCUUUCAGCCUACCACUCUGCUUUAGAAAGCAUUCAGGACCCCGGACAGAAGGAUCUCUUCCAUCUUGUGGUGCAGAACCUGAGAAAGCUUCUGUCAGCUCCUUGGUUGUCCGUGUCAGACAUGCAGAAGCUGGAGCCCACAGUGGGGCAGUUACUGGCCCAGCUGGUGACCAGGAGCCCCUUGGAGCAGUUCCAACACCUUCUGGCAGCAGUGGGUGAAGACCUGGGUGCUCAGGUGUCAGGUGGUCGGCACACGGAAGUGCUAUCGGCUGUGACGUUGUCUAAGCUGCUCGCCAGCUGCCCUCUUCCAGAAACCCAUUCCAAGGCCUUCUGGCUCGUAGCACCUCAGAUAACGUCUGCCAUAGUUUCUGCAGUGAAGGAGUGCGGUAAGGAUAGGUCCCUGACGGAGUCCCUCACAGUGCCAGCUCUCCAAGCCCUUGCAGCCCUUCUUCGCUGGGGGGAGGGGGUGCUGCAGAACCCCCACCAUGUGACCCUGGCCUUCGGGGCCCUGCCCUUCGUGCAGCUGGAGCACCCAUCCCCAGCGGGGUACCACUCGGUCUUCGAGGCCGUCCACGAGACUCUGUUCGCUGUGGUCCAGUGCCACCCCCAGGUGACUCUGUCGGCUGCCCCUUCCUUCCUGAACUGCUUUUAUCGCUUGGUCGUGUCCAUCAUGCAUGAGGGUCGGCAGAGGGGGGACACAGAGAAAGGUUCCGAGGAGGAGACAGACGCACUUCUAAAAUGUGCGCGCCUCGUGGAGCGCAUGUACUCGCACAUCGCCUCCGUGGCCGAGGGUUUCACCGUGCUCUCCUCCUUCGUGGUGGCGCAGUACGUCUGUGAGCUGCAGAAGGUAACCCUGCAGCCAGAAAUCAAGAGCCACCUGACGGAGGGAGUUUACCGGAUCCUUGACCUGUGCUCGGAGCAAGACAUCCGCUUCCUUAACACCGCGCUGCAGCCCGGGGUCAGGGAGGUCUUUGGCGAGCUCUACGACGGCUACACGCACUACCACAAAACCCAGCGGCAGGGCGAGGAGAAAUACACCGUGUGAAGCAGCAGCUCUCCGUUUCCAUAUCCGUCUCCCCAAGUGGGGAAUCGUGGUGUCAGUACCUGCCGUCAUUGACGAGCAGGUCAAAGAGCCGCUGUUGGUCAUUCUCAGAUUGCGGUGCUCUUUUCGGAUAUUGCCUGGACACGAUCACCCUAGGACUUUGCGUCAGUUAUAAAUUAGGAGUGAUUCAUCAGACACAAGCAGUAUUGAUUGGAACCAACAUUAUUAUGAAGACUGUGAUAUAUUAUUGUACUUUAUUUUCAUAAAUUCCUUUCAUGUUUUCUCUGUGGAUCAUUUCGUAUCAAAGUUUUUCUAUGAAAAAUAUCAGCAAUUUCUUCAUCAACAUUCAAACACAUGUCAUCCUGAUGGUAUUUGCCCAAGAUAUAUGAAACUGUAUUUAACUUGAUGGCACGUUGAGGCUAUCUGAAUUCGCGAUAGUAUUGCCAUGGUUGACGUAAUGGGGAUCUUCUAUAUUGAGCAAGAUAUGACGUCAGUCCUUUUCCCAACUAGCUAUGUUAAUGCAACACUACGGACUUACCACAAAUUCCCUUAGCAAUUAAAGAACUGAAGGAAUUCUUUUGUAAAUUAAAAGAAUUUCUCUGGCUUUAAUUGGACAAUUAAGCAGUUUUAGGGUUUUUUUUUUUUUUUUUUAAAUGUAAAGACCACUUAUUUUGUGGUAUUUAUAAUCUGACUUCACCAAAAAGCACCUCCUGUGAGCAAGUCUGGAUUUUCAGAUUCCGCACACAGGUUUAAAAAGGGUGGUUCUCCUCUCAGUGUAGCCCAACCAGUUAUAAAGCAGGUAAUGCUGGUGGCUCAUACCUCCUGGGCUAUAGGCUUAAAUUCCACUCAGUCUGUGUGGAGGUUGCAGGUUCUCCCUGUGUUCACGUGGGUUUCCUCC